AUGGACCAAGAAACCUUGGGCGAUAUUGUCCUGUUGGUCAUUGUCACCCUCAUUAGCGUGGUCCAGAACGGAUUCUUCGCCCACAAAGUGGAGCACGAAAGCAGGACCCACCCUGGGCGGAGCUUCCAGAGGACAGGGACACUUGCCUUUGAGCGAGUCUAUACUGCCAACCAAAACUGUGUCGAUGCAUACCCCACUUUUCUUGUCGUGCUCUGGAGUGCCGGGCUACUGUGCAGCCAAGUUCCUGCUGCCUUUGCUGGGCUGAUGUACCUGUUCGUGAGGCAAAAGUACUUUGUUGGCUACCUAGGAGAAAGAACUCAGAGCACACCUGGCUACAUAUUUGGGAAGCGUAUCAUAUUGUUCCUGUUUCUCAUGUCCCUUGCUGGCAUAUUCAACCAUUACCUCAUCCUAAUUUUUGGAAGUGACUUUGAAAACUACAUAAAGACGAUCACCACCACCAUCUCCCCUCUGCUUCUCAUUCCCUAA